UCAGAUAGGACAGCUGCUUUGUAGAGUAACGCAAAAACCUUCUCUCUCUCUCUCUCUCUCCUUCCCUUCUUUCUUGCAAUGCUCUGCUAAUCUAGCUCUCAUUUUCUCGCCCAUUUUCAGACCACCCUGUCCCGAGAAAAUAACGCAACGGAUGAUGAAGGUUUGUACUGCUUUCCGGCCUUUCCAAAUCUCUCCAUGCCGUCCUCUUUCUCUCUCUCUCUCCGCUCCUUCUUCUGAUGUUUUCUUCUUACGAUGAGAAGAACCCGUGGGUAGUUCGUGGGCUUGCUUCCGUUUUUCUCUGACGUCGUCCUUUCUGGUUUUUGCCUCCUGAAUCCAGUGUGAUUGCAUCCCAGAUUUGGCCUUUUUCUUCUUGGGUUCUCUCGGAAUAUGCUUUCAUCUGCCUUCUUUAAUUGAUUUCCUUGACGGAGUUGUUUUCUUUUGAGUCUUUUUUCUAUUUUGUUUCGUUGUUUACUUGGACAAGUAAAUCGGUCGGUCUUUGUUUAAUACUCGAUUUUGCUGGGGCUAUGAUCUUCUACUGUUCAUCGACGCGGUUGAAGCUUUGUUUUUUUGGGAUUUCUGUUUCUUCAAGCAUCCUUUCUUUUACUAGGUAGAUUGCUUGCUGUCGAUCGUGGUUUUCGAGCCUCAUAGGGUUCGAGUUUGUAUUCUUAAUUUUUUGAAAUCUUUUGAUUCUAUUUCUCUUGCUUUGAUGCCCAUAUACUGAUUCAAGUAUAAGCAGGUUCUGAACUAGUGUGCUUUUCUGGGUUCCUUCACAUAAAAUAACGCUUUCUCAACUUUGAUUCUUUGCCAAUUUUAUUCUUUCCUUCUUCAAUCGGCCUCUCAAAGGGUGUUUGAUGAUUCAACGUACACAGAUACUUCAGAUUUACUCAAAUCCCCAGGCACAUAAAAUAACGUUCUAGAGGGGUCUAGAACUUCUUUGUCUCUUUCCUGUUUUCUGGGUCCGUCGCGAAACGCUUGAUCUCAUGCUAUUAAUCUUCUAUCUUUCAGGCUAGUGGGUGAAGAAAAGCGCCAUAUUGGAAGUGGGUUCUGCUUGAUCUCACUUUUGGUAUUCUGAGUUUCUAUAAUUUUUAUACACACACACACAUAUAUAUCCAAUCAAGCCCCCUCCGUUUGGUCGAUAGCCCAAAUCGAAGCCAUUCUUAUGCUGAAGGCCAAGGCCAAGACUAGUGCCAGUUCUGGAGACACAAGUUCUUGUGGCUUAGGAAGGGAGAAGCUUAGCAUCAGAUGUUAUCCAUUGAAAAGCUUCCAUUGGAUUCUCAUGAAAUCUCACAUCUGAAAAGUGGGAGUGAUGAUAAAGUUAUUGCCUUGCAAGAAGAGGUUGAAGAUCUGUUCAAGUCAGGCCUUGAUGGCAACGCCCAACUUCCCAAAUUCUCCAUAAGCAGAGAUUAUGUGUUUAGUGCCCGUUGCAAAGAUGUCAAGUCCAGUUGGCCUUUCUCCCAGAAACAUUUGCAACUUUGUCUGAAUCAUGGUGUGAAAGAUUUGCUGCCUCCUUUUCAGUGCGUCGAUUUUGUUAAAAAUCGGUCCAUUCAAAGAUGCACGGCCGAUAGUCCUUUGAUUGAGAAGGAAAGCAUAAGCAGUUUAGAUGGGGAGUAUUCUUUGCCCUUGGAUCGUCCUGGACGUAAGCAGAAGUUAGUUGUGGAUUGUGUAAACGCAGAUUUGAGUAGAUCUGAAGGAGAUAAAGAACUUCCAUCAACGAUAAAGAAUCAAUCUCUUUCUGAUAGGACCCCUUGUGAAGCAGUAGAAAAUAUUACUUCAUACUCAGGAGAACAGCUUGACAUCACCAAAUCCGAGAGAAGCAAGACCACAAAUCAUUCUUCGAGUAAGAGGUAUAGACUGAUUGUGAAAGUGGGUGGAGGAGGUAAUCCUAGUUCGAACGAAGAUACUACUGCUAAUUCUGCAACACUUCCGGAACCAAUGGCUUCGAAAGUGUGCCCCGUUUGCAAGACUUUCUCAUCAUCUUCCAACACCACUUUGAAUGCUCACAUUGAUCAGUGCCUUUCUGUGGAAGCAACUAUGAAGUGGCCGGCCAAUUCUAGGGCCGUUAAGCAUAGAAUAAAGCCGAGAAAGACGAGGUUGAUGGUGGAUGUAUAUGCAACAUCUAAACCAUGCACUCUGGAAGAACUUGAUAGAAGAAAUGGGACAUGCUGGGCUGUGAACUCAAGCUUGCCUACUCAAGAGACUGUGGAGCGUGCCAAAGAGGAAAAGAAGAGGGCUUCACCUGUUAAUUUCAAGGAAAAUGACCAUGAAAGUCCAGUAUAUAUUGAUGCUAAUGGAAAAAAGGUCAGGAUUUUAUCAAAGUUUAGCAAUACUUUCCCAGUAGCAAAAUUAGGAACAAAUCCUGGACCUCAAAAUCCUUUUAGAGGUAGAGGAAGAAAACUUCACUCAACCUACAAGAAAAGGCAUCGUGCACAAAAACAUAGUGAAUAUCUGAAGCUUGCUGCAGAGAGCAGAAAACUUUGCUCUCCCAGGGAUCGACAUAAGGCUGAGGCUCAUGGAGGCUGGAAAAGAAAAUUUUCCAUAGAAGGUUCUGAGAAAGAGAAAAGCCUGAUUCUGCCAUUCAAAAGUCAACACCAAAUAAAAAGCAAUGAUUCAGGAACCAUAACAAAAUGGUCAAGCUGUAAGCGGACCAGUCUCUUCAAAAGGUUCAAUCACGGGGAAGGCCUUUGGCGUCGGGGUCGUUAUUUUAGGAAGGAACUGCCUGUUGAAAGUGAUCAAUCAUCUUUAGAUGAUUCAUACUCGGAGAGAAGCUGUGUUCAGAAGCCUGAAAACUCAUCUGAGUGUCCACUUUCUUCUCCUGAAAGCAGCAAGAAAAUGGAGAAUCCAUCAUUCCGAGCAAUUUAUGACUGCAGUGAGCACCCUCCUAUGAGAAAGAGAGUUGGGUUGUCUUCAUUUGGGACACAAAUUAAUAGCAAAGUGGAGAGUGUUCUAGAACCACCAAAGCGCAAUUUGAAGCGGCUAUGGAAAGACAGCACAUCUGUGGAUGAAAAUUGCAAAGAUUUUGUAAAUUAUAGGGAAGACUACAUUUGCUGUCCUGGCCAGAGAACAAUUAAAGUCAAUGAUGGUCCUGUCAAAAACGGUUCUCAUGAUGUUCUCAAAAAAAUGGCUAGAAGUCGCCGAGUAUUCUCAUCAAGUGCUACAAAAUGCUCCUCUUCAAGGAAGCACAUGUUAUCUGCACGUCAGACAUCUAUGCCCAAGUAUAAGUUGAAUAAGAAAUCUUCAGCAGAAUCAGUAUUCAAGAAUUCUGACAUGCAUCACAUUGAAGAGUUCAACGAAGAGGUAAUAACAUUGCCCUCUGAAGUCAAUGGAAAAAUCUAUUUUAAGGAGAAGAAUGCUGAAAAUCAAUCUAGAGUAGAUGAAAUCAUUGGCAAAUCCUGUCUUGGAGGGUGCAAUUUGUUGAAUAUUGUUAGGGACAGAAGAGCUUUUAGUGUAUCUUUGGAGGAGCAAUUCAAGGCUUUGAAGUCAGCAUCAGAGUCUGUUAAUGAUGAUAUGAGCAAUGAUACAGAUUCUUCUGCUAGUAUUGGUGAUGAUUUAGCAGGUACAUUUGAUGCCUUAGAAUCUGAUAAAACAGAGAUUGACCCUCAUAUGGAGGGCAUUGCCAAUGGACCAGCUUCAGAAGGUGAUACUGGUGGGAUUGUUAUGAAUUUGAGCAAAUCUGUAGAAUCUGAGUAUGAUAAGCAGUCUAACUCUUUCAAUACUCUAGCUGGUGCACUACAGUCUCUUGUAUUCAAGAGGUCUUUAUGUGGAGCUGAAACAUUCUCAUGUGCAGCUGAUACGAGUGUGGGUGAUGAACAAGAGAUGAUUUGUGCAGAUGAAGUUGGCAUCAACAUGAUAUUUGAAAUUCGUGCUGCAGCAGAAAUGGAUUCUGAAGACAGAAAAGGAGAUUACUUUACUGAGGUCGAUCCAAUACCUAUUCCAGGGCCGCCAGGAUCAUUUUUGCCGAGUCCUAGGCAUAUGAGCUCGGAUGAUCUUCAAGGAAAUUCGUCAUUGACCACUAGCCAGGUUCAAUCCCCUGAACAUCACCAUGAUCUGGUUGAUAUGGAUUUGCUAAAUUCUCCAAUUUCUACUGUUUCGAACUCUACAAUUGCAAGAUCAGAUUUGAAAUCUUCGGAAAAAUUGUCAAUGGGAUUCCAUGUCACUCAAGAUGAUUUCAGAUCGAGCUUCUAUGCUGUAAUCCAAGAUGCUGUAGCGGAAAAUACUGCCCCAGCUCAUCUAACGGCAGCCUCACUAGCAGAAAGAACCAAUAUUAGUGAACAAAAAAUCGACAGGAUUGUCACUGAAAAGGGUCCCGACAAUUUCAGAAAUGAUCAACCCUGCUGCUGCUCACGGAAGGAUGGAACAUUUCAGAGUAUUUCCUUAAAUUAUCAAGAUACGCAACUUUUGAGGAGGACCACGGCAUCAGUGCCACUUCCUGUCAUGCAAAAGCAACUGAGUGUAAAUGGUCGGCUCAACAAAUAUAACACAAUGCCUGGACUGAACCAUCUGAGAAAUUUCCCAAGUCCUGAAUCAGAAAAGGUGGCCCUUCCUAUCACAAAGACGGUUGGAGAUCCUGCUUCCAUAAAAGUUUUUGCCGAUACUGGGCUGAAGGUCCCCGUGCAUGGCUUUUCUGAUUCUGUCGGCCCAUGUGCCUCCAAUCCUGUUCUCAGGCUGAUGGGUAAAGAUUUAAUGGUAGUCAACAAAGAUGAAAGUUUAGCAGCCCGGGAAGCUAGACAGGCCCAUCCAUUUUCAACCAAUGACUAUCCAAAUCCACAAUAUCAGACGCUUCCUGAAGUCUUUCCUCAUAAUCCCCAAAUCCAUUCCUUCAAUUGCGUGGUCGAUCAACACCCUCUCUUCUCUGGGCAGAGCCAGUGCGACACCGGUUCUGAAAUCAAGGUAGCAAACAGUUUUGGAAGUCAUUUUACUUCUGCCGUACCACCACCACCCUCUUACACUGCUUCAGGCGUACUUUCAAGCAAGACCAUUGGUGGUGGCCGGUUUGACAUCAUCCAUGGAGCCACACAAAUACAAAGUUAGAUGCAACCGGUUGAAUGAUCAAAGCAGAUCCAGAAGUGGAACACCACCAACUCCUUCAGCAUAUAAUGUGCGAAGAGUUGCAAGAACUCCAGAGAUCCAGCACAGGAAUACAAAUGCUACCGCCAAUAAGACAAAGGAGAUCAUCGUCAUAUUUGGGAGGCAUGAGGAGGGGAAACUGGGCAAGUUCAGUUGCACUUCUAUUCUGGUUGCGGCCAAUUAUAACUCGGGGAGCUUUCAAAUGCCAGCUCACAAUCGAGUGAAUGCUAGUCCAGUUUGGUGGAAUUGUAAUUCAGAAGGUUCAAGUGUUCCUCCUCCGAGAUCUUUAAUGACUUCUUCAGCCUGCACAGUCCAUCUUGUUACUCACCAAGUUUUUCUAACCUGGAAAUUUUCCUGCCAUGCAUCAAAAUGAGACCAAGGUGGAGUAGCUGCCAGGGUUUAUGAUGUUAAGAAUCGAUUUCCAAUGACAUGGAAAGUUCAGCAGGUGAGUUCUUUAACUUGAGUCUUGGUUGAUCGGUUGCUGUCACGUUAUAUUUGGUCUGAACUUUCUUAGUAGUUUUGAGGCUUCCUGGAGACUAAUGUAUGAACUUGACAGUAAGUUACCCCCAGAAACUUUUCAUCCUUUGUGGUCAAAUACAUGAAAAAAGUGUUUAUAUUUGAACAUGUCGUGGCUGCUGCUGCUUUGUCUUUUA